AUGCGGGUUCAAGCUUCCUACAUCUUGCCCAAGAAUGGAAUCCUUGGCGCUGAGACAUUUGCAACAUCGGCUACCGUGCUUGAAUUCGGCGGUGAGGGUGUCGGUGACUACGCUGUUGUCGACGGUCUAUUCGCCAAUAAUACCCUUCAUAUCUGCCCUGGAACUACCGAUAUCAACCAUUCACUCACCCGCAAGCCUGGUGUGAAAAAAUCUCAGCAGGCAAGUCAGACUGAUAUCGAUAUGAUGAACUCGAACGGAGUUGGAGGAGACGUGUUUAGUGGGAAUGGCGAGAAGACAGUGAAACUAGGAACCACGACUUUGAGGAUGCGAGAUUUGAAACCGUGGCAGUCACUAGCUACGUUAGCUGAACCAUUUUCGCCAAAGCAAUUUGUGAUCACCCUUGAGGGUGAGUAA